UGUGAAAGGAUAGUUUCUUUUAUUAACCUGGAUUAUUCUCUCGUUUUCAGUAAUAUUCUCUCAGUUGUUGGUAUUAGCUUUAUUAUCUUCUGGCCAGUGCCCACAAAGCAUAGAUUCUCUUUAUGAUGCAAAACCUGAGCUCUCUCUCCCAGUUGGGUGGCUUGGGAAUGGAUGAAUGUGCUCUGCCGCUGCUUGGAUUCUCUCUGCUCACAAAAGAUUUCCUGCUUUUGUCCUUGCCUUUUUACCUUUCCUUUUCAUGGAUGCCUACACCUUUUCUGGGUUUCACGUACCUCUCCUCCGUCAUUUGCUGCUAUAUGUGGACUGUAUUUAGUGCAGAUUGCUGAACCGUGAAUAUGAGCUACAAUACGCAUUACAACAUGGGUUCUGGUAGUCGAACUGCAAGGACAUUUGAGUUUGGAAGGACACAUGUAGUGCGCCCCAAAGGAAAACACCAGGCCACUAUAGUUUGGCUUCAUGGACUCAGUGAUAAUGGCUCAAGUGCUUCCCAGCUCUUAGAAUCCCUUCCUCUUCCGAAUAUUAAAUGGAUCUGCCCAACUGCACCCACACGUCCUGUUACAUUGCUUGGUGGUUUUCCUUGCACUGCAUGGUUUGAUGCGGGAGAGCUCUCAGAAGAUGGUUCAGAUGAUUGGGAAGCUUUAGAUGCUUCAGCAGCACAUAUUGCAAACUUGUUGUCAACAGAGCCAGCUGAUGUUAAGGUUGGUAUUGGAGGCUUCAGUAUGGGUGCUGCAAUGGCCCUAUACUCUGCAACUUGCUAUGCUCUCGGGAGAUAUGGAAACGGUAACCCAUAUCCUGUCAACCUAAGGGCAAUUAUUGGACUAAGCGGAUGGCUUCCAGGGGGAAGGAGCUUAAGAAGCAAAAUACAAAGUUCACAUGAGGCUGCAAGGCGUGCUGCUGCCUUACCAAUUUUACUAUGUCAUGGGACAGGCGAUGAUGCUGUCCUCUAUAAAUACGGGGAAAAAUCAGCCCAAUCCUUAAGUUCAGCAGGAUUUCACCACCUUGCAUUCAAAUCCUAUGAGGGGCUUGGUCAUUACACAGUACCUGCAGAGAUGGACGAAAUCUGCCAUUGGCUGACCCCAAAACUGGCGCUCGAAGGGACUCGCCCGAGGCGGAACUAGUAGUUGGAGCUAGUGAUCAGUAUGAGGAAUAAAAUUUUGAAAGGAGAACAGGUUUUGAGUGCACUGUGUACGAGUACUAGGUAGUACAACAUAGUAUUAUGGAGCAUGGGGUAUAUUGGUAUAGUUAAGAUAAAUAAUCUCUCUCAUUCCUUAGCCUCUUCUCUUGUCCUAAAUGAAAAAGUUUGGAUGUAGCUCACUAUUUUCAUUCUAGUUUCUUUUGCUUUUCAUAUCAA